AUGGAGUCUCGGUUCAAGGUUGUAAUGGCUAUUAUUGAGAAGAAAAUGGGUGGAAGACUUGAUUCUCCAUUGCAUUUGACAGCUUAUUUGCUGAAUCCACACUAUAGCUAUACUAACCCAUCAAUCUUUGAUGAGCCCAAAAUGAGUGAAGCCUUCAUAGCUUGUGUUGAACAAUUUUAUUAUCAUGAUGAGGACAAGCAAGAUCAGGCUGCCAACAUUGAAUUGAAAAAAAUUCAGAAUAGAGAAGGGCCAUUUAGCAAGAAGUUUGCAAGAACUUUUCAAAACUUUGACUACAACCCAGGUAGAGCAUCAUGGUGGCGGUUGUAUAGAACUGAAACACCAGUGUUACAGAAGAUGGCUACAAGGAUCUUGUCUUUGACAUCAAGCUCUUCUAGUUGUGAAAGAAAUUGGAGUGGGUUUGAAGGGAUACACACUAAGAAGAGAAAUAUGCUUACUACAACCCGCCUCAACAAGUUAGUCUAUAUUCAAUUUAACAACAUGCUGCUUAAUAAGAUAGAGAAGAUAGUGUCAAAGAAAAUCACUGAUGUUCUUUUGUCUAGUAAGACAAAAGAAGCUCAAGAUUUUCUCCAAGAGGGUGGAGAUGAUUGUGCAUUAGUUGUCUUCAGAGAUGAGGAAGAUGAGGAUGAGAUGGAAGGUACAGGGAUACCUUGGUCUGUUAUUGGAGAGGCAGUGGGAGCAGAAGAAUAG